AUGGCAUUUUCUGAUGAAAAGAAGAACAAGCGUUCAUGGCCAAAGUUGGUUGUCAGGAAAUGGCUGAAUAUAAAGUCUGAUCCAAAAGAGUUUUUCGCUGAUGAAACUAGUAAUGAUAAUCUGUUAACCAAACCUACAUAUGAAAAACUGGCAAGACAGGAGCCAUAUAUGUCCCAGCAUACUAACGUGCAAGAUCUAAGGGUAUUUGUGGGAACAUGGAAUGUAGGAGGUGAAUCACCCCACACUCACAGUGGCCUCAAUUUGGAUGAAUGGGUACAGCCAGCAUCAGCUCCUGCAGACAUCUACGUUUUUGGGUUUCAGGAAAUCGUCCCUCUGAAUGCAGCAAACAUUUUCGGUGUAGAGGACAAUGGCCCUGCUGCAAAAUGGUUGGCCCUUAUUCGCCAAACAUUAAACAAAAACACAAAUGAAAGAAGCAGGAAUGGGCCAACAGCUUCAGAGGAUCAACUUUACAGUUUUGAUUCUGAUUUUGAAGACUCUCGAGCUCCAUUUGGGUCAAUGAAUUACAACUUCAAUUCAAGUGGGCCAAAUUACUGUUUGGCAGCCAGCAAACAGAUGGUUGGUAUUUUUCUGUGUGUGUGGGUGAAAAGUGAUCUGAGACAGCAUGUCAGAGAUUUAAAAGUCUCUUGCGUUGGUUGUGGCCUAAUGGGUUACCUUGGUAACAAGGGUUCUGUUUCGAUCAGCAUGUUAUUCAAUCAGACAAGCUUCUGCUUUGUUUGUACUCAUUUGACAUCAGGAGAGAAAGAAGGUGAUGAAAUACGGAGAAAUUCUGAUGUGAGGGAGAUCAUAAAGAAGACCCACUUUCCCCAAACAGACAAUAUUUUCUCAGAGAAUCGAGUUAUUUGGCUUGGAGAUUUGAAUUAUCGCCUUGCACUUCACUAUGCUGCCAGCAAAGAACUCAUGAUAAAAAAUAGCUGGGAAACUCUGUUGGAGAAAGAUCAGCUUCAAAACCAGAAAAAAGCAGGACAUAUAUUUGAAGGAUGGAAUGAAGGGAAAAUAUGUUUUCCUCCUACUUACAAGUACUGCAGAAACUCAGAGCAAUAUGCUGGACAAAAUCUGAAGUACUCAAAGGCAAAGCGACGCACACCAGCAUGGUGUGAUCGUAUACUUUGGUAUGGUAAAGGUUUAAAACAACCCUUUUAUGUUCGUGGCGAGUCAAAAUUUUCUGACCAUCGACCUGUAUAUUCAAUUUUUAUUGCGGAUGUAAACAGCAGAAAAGGAAGAGCUCUUGCCCAAAACUAA